AGCAAUCCCAGGAGGAUUAGCGGCUGCUUGGCUUUAAUUCAUGGUGCCGGCUCUCUUUUUUCCCCUCUACAUCGUUGCCCUUUUUUAGAUCUCCCAAGAGAUUGUUCAUUUUCUCGAGCUAGCACGUUUCUUUUUUUGUGUGUGUUAUUGUAUGUGUUAGGGUCAGUUUGGUAAGGUUCUAGGAGUUAUUUUUUUUUAGCUCCAGCUUCUUGAUAUAAAACGGCUCCGACUUCUCUAUUACUCCAGGAGUGGAACCGUUUUUGAUCAAAUUGUUUAAUAGAACUUCAGCUGGAGAUACAGGAGAAAUCGGAGCUGAAGCCUUGCCUGCCCAUAGUAUAGCACGGAAAUUUGUUUAGCCUGGGCGACGUGCUGAGUGCUGACGUGUGAGCGCACCAGUUUGACCGAGUCAGCUGUCACAUUUUCUUCUGGGCCUGGACCACCCGAUACGGCCGAUAGUUGGGCCUUUCUUCUUUUUUUCAUGUCCCAUCGGCCCGAACCGUUCUAUGCUCCCCCGCACCCCCCGCUCGUGUGUUGCAAACUUGGGUUUAAGUUCAAGGCCUCAACAUUUCUAACUGACAUAAGCAUGUACUUAUACAUAAAAAUUUUACAGACACAACUCAAUACGAACAACCCUUGUUCCAAUCUGGACGCUGUUCCUUGCUGUGAAACAACGGAGCCACACCGCAUACUGUGACUGAUUCUUUCUUGGCGCUUUUCAUGCCCCUGCUGGCUGCUAGGCCUUACUAGCUUACUGUAAUUUUCUAACACACGCAUGUGAACCGUUCCUUAAGAAAAUCAGGCCUUCUAGACUUCCUGGAAACGAUCAGAUCUCAAGCGCAUCUUUCCUUUGACGCCAAUUCAAAAAUGUGACUAGGCCGGGCUCUCGAGUCGCCACGGGACAAGGACAUGGGGGAUGUCCGGUCAGGUAGCGAGCGCGACUCUGGCCGAGUAGCGCGGUAGGCUGGCAACGUCGCGACUCGCGAGUCCGCUAGCUGCAGGCCCCGCACCAGCCAUCGUGUGCCCGUAUGCCCAUGUCCUUGCCCCUCGUCAGCGUCAGCCACCCAACCUUUCACCGGUACUGCACGGCUAGCUGCACUUGCCAUUGCCAAAGCGAGGUUCAAAACAUUGCUAGCAUAGAAACGGAGCCGCCCGACCGUCCGCCAACCAAACCGCGCGCCAGAAGUCCUGGAGAGCUGAACCAGGAGGAAAAAAAAAAGUUGCCCGCUUGCCAGUUGCCAUGCCUCCCCUGAGCCACCGUGACCGAAGCCUCCUGCUGCUCCUCCUUCUCUUCCUCGCCGUCGGCUGCAGCGGCGAUGACACCUACGCCACAUCCGCGUGCCGGUGGCGGCCGUACCUCUGCGGCGGCGUGAACAUCAGCUACCCGUUCUACCUUACCAGCGACACCAAGGCGAUCCCGGACCACGAAGGCGAGUCGUACUGCGGCUACCCGGGCCUGGCCGUCACCUGCGACGGCGGCAACAGGGCCGUCCUGAAGCUCGGCGGGUAUAACUACACGGUCUCGCGCAUCCACUACGCGAACCUGAUCGUCUCGCUCGCCGACGCCGACGCCGCGGCCGCGGGCAACGGCUGCCCCAUUGUGGACCACAACGUGACCUUCCCGGCGGGCGCCCGGCUGUUCCUCCCCAUCUCCGCCAUCGACUACCUCUUCUUCUUCAUCAACUGCUCCUUCGGGCACCCGGACGCCCCUGCUCCUUCCAAGCCCAAACCGCCGAAGCCGCCGACCAUCAAGCCCAUCACCUGCGGAGACUUCGACGAACCGGACUCCAUGACGUUCGUGCUCCCGAGCCGUGAGGUGCCUCCCGCCGACUGGUCCGGGGCAUGCAAGAGCGUCUUCGGAGCACCCGUGCUCAGAGACGCCGUCCCCCGCGACGCGCAGGACCCCAAGUGGAGGGGCGACGGGUACUCCAAGGCCCUCCGCUCGGGGUUCCAGCUGGGCUGGGAACGGAGCUCCGGGGAGUGCAGCCGGUGCGAGCAGUCCGGUGGCAAGUGCGGGUUCAGCGGCGCCGGCGAGUUCCUGGGCUGCCUCUGCGCCGACGGCCGCAUGGGCGACGGCGACUGCAGUAAGACACUUGCUGACUCUUCUUCACUCGGAUCAAAAAGGACUCCUCUCAAAGUUAUUGCAGGUGUCUCGGCUGCUGCUGCUGGUCUUGCCGUGCUUGGUGCUGGCGCGUUUCUGUUCAUUAUGCGCAAGAGGAGGAAGAACAACGUGAUCAACUCAUCCUCGAAGCUCCUCAAGUACAGCGGCUCUGGCGGGACCCCGCGUUCCCGGGUCGGCGACAUGGAGUCCGGCAGCAUCGACGACCCGGCAACGCACCUCUUCACCUACGAGGAGCUCGAGGAGGCCACCAAUUCCUUCGACGAGAACAGAGAACUCGGUGAUGGCGGCUUCGGCACCGUCUACAAAGGGUACCUCAAGGAUGGGCGCGUGGUGGCGGUGAAGCGUCUGUACAACAGCUACCGGCGCUUGGAGCAGUUCCAUAACGAGGCGGCCAUCCUGUCCGGCCUGCGCCACCCGAACCUGGUCAUGUUCUACGGCUGCACGUCCAGCCAGAGCCGGGAGCUCCUCCUGGUGUACGAGUUCGUCGCCAACGGCACGGUCGCCGACCACCUGCACGGGCCCCGCGCCCCCGAGCGCGCCCUCUCGUGGCCGCUCCGCCUCAACGUCGCCAUCGAGUCCGCCGCGGCGCUCGCCUACCUCCACGCCAUCGAGCCGCCCGUCGUGCACCGCGACGUCAAGACCACCAACAUCCUCCUCGACGCCGACUUCCACGUCAAGGUCGCCGACUUCGGCCUCUCCCGCCUCUUCCCCCUCGACGUCACGCACGUCUCCACCGCGCCCCAGGGCACGCCAGGGUACGUGGAUCCAGAGUACCACCAGUGCUACCAGCUGACGGACAAGAGCGACGUGUACAGCUUCGGGGUGGUCCUGGUGGAGCUCAUCUCGUCGAAGCCCGCCGUGGACAUCACCCGGCACCGCAACGAGAUCAACCUGGCCGGCAUGGCCAUCAGCAAGAUCCAGAAGUGCCAGCUCGAGCAGCUCGUGGACCUCGACCUGGGCUACGAGUCCGACCCGGCGACGAAGAAGAUGAUGACGAUGGUGGCGGAGCUGGCCUUCCGCUGCCUGCAGCAGAACGGCGAGAUGCGCCCGCCGAUGAAGGAGGUGCUGGAGGUGCUCAGGAGCAUCCAGGGCGAGUGCCCGAUGGAGAAGGACGGAGACAAACACAAGGACGGGCCCUUCUCGCCCACCACGGUCCACGCUCCUUGGGACAGCAGGGCCACGACGCCCAACACCAGCAGGGAUUAGAUUAGUAGUGCUUGAGGGCUGCUGAUACCCAUCGAGAUUUAGUUGUGUUUGUUACCGCUGCUGCAUAGAGAUGUGCUUGUUGUGCGAGGCAUGCCAGAUUGCCUGUCCUUUGGCUUUCAGGGUUCGUAGCUCCUGGUGAUGUAAAUAUUUUGUUUUGUUGGUACCGUCAGAACAGAGGGAAUAUGUACAUAUACAUAAGAGUGGUGGAUGGCACUUAGUAUAUAUGAGUACUAAACAUGUCACAAGUGACUAGACUGACC